GCAGACGACGAGCCACACAACCAAAGACGGCAAUACCAGACACUCGUUUUCGCAAUCUCUAUCAUUAUCAACAAAAUCGAGCGAAUCUACUCCAGCAAGCGUUUUUCAUGCGAUACCCAAUAAGCGAAGCAUUGCUUAGAUCCAACCAUUUAUACAGUCUUUUCUCGAAAAAGCAAAUAUCCCCCAUUUCAUAUAUGCGCUUACUCAAACGCAUCUUGCAAAUCAUUAUUAUAUCCUCGUCCUCUCUUUGGGAUGUAGUACCAUUAGCGAACAAGCGAUUUCCUAUGCUACACUACUUUUGUAUAUGCCUACUCAGUUUUCACCUUUUUUUUUUUUUUUAUUAAUCUUGGCUACGUUAUUUUGGGCGUUUAAGUAUCAUACCAUGGCGAUGAAUAUUUUAUGUUAUCAACGUCAUUUUUCGUCUAGUUUACCAUUCCUUUCAUUUUCUUUG